GAAUUUAUUAAAAUGAUUUGUUGUCAUGGGAACGCAACCAUAAGCAUUCACUCAGCCAUGGAGGGACGUGUUUAACGAGUUGUGAUACGUUUUCGAUUAAGAAUAGACUAGCAGAGAAUACACAAAGCUAACCAAACAAUUAUUAGUCAAUUGUGGAUGAUGCUAAUUAAUAGUAAAUACUUUAUUGGAGUCGACUGGUGGUUCUUACUCAAUGCAGACAGAACUCUACUUAGAAAUUGCAGGAUAAAGAUAUUUUUGUGAUGAAGUUAAAACCAACUGGAAUCAAGUACUAGAGAAAGAAAGGAAAGUUUGGAUCGUUAAGAAGAAACACUCAAAAUCAACUUGGUACUUCACGAUAAACUCUCAAAAUUUUCACCAAUAGCUAAGUUGGUUUAUCUUCGUCGUGCAGCAAGUAAUUCGAGUGAAUUGAAAAGAAAUUUGCUAUGGAAUCUUGAGGUCACGAAGUCCGCUAAACAACAAACUAACAAGUUAAACAAAAUUUUGGAGCCAUUUUUCUUGACAAGCUCAUUCAUCUGGACUUUUAGGAUAUCCUUUGGUAGUUGUUUUAAGUUUACAUUCAAUUAUGAGAGGCAAGCAGGCACACAGUGAAGCAGAUGGAUUGUUCAUGAAAGCAAACAGAAAACACCAAAUUCUCUUGAAUUUCGAGCUUAAACGUAUAUCUGUAGAGCAAAAAAUGAGAGAACGAUAUUUCGCUUUUGAGAAAUCACUGAUCAUUUCCCACCGAGAGAAAAUCAUAUCUAGGCAAAAAUCACUCGGAAUAUAUCGCCCGCAAACCACUCCUGACAAAAAGCGACCAAGAGACUCAUUUUUUAUCACAGCCGUUGCUAUGGAAACUAAGGCCAGAAUGAAGCUCCCGCCUGUGGAGAGAAAAGAUACACGUGAUGGUGCUACGAAAGGAAAAAGAAAACCAACAAAAACGAAACUAGAGUCAAAUUCCAAAUCAUUUACUAAUGUUGGUCAAGAAAGGCAUAAAGAAGAUGAGUCUUUGCCUGUGUUGAAGCAGACUUUUGCUAUCCAAGCCAGAAAGGAUUCUUCCAGCUUAAGAGCAUCGACGAUGAAGAAUCUGGCAGUUUCGACGUCAUUGGACAAAAAUCCUGGCGAGUCACAGCAUUUCGUUAGUAAUGGUAAAGCUGAACGUCAAACUAGAGAGGGACAAGGUGAAGAAAUUCCUGAUGGAAGUAUCGAAAAAGCCUGGAUUGAAAAUAAACGAACUGAGAAUGAUUUAAAAGAUCAAGCCAAUGGAGAAAAGAAAGUCGAGGAUAUUGGAAUUAUUUCUGAACCACAAACAGGAAGCAAUGUGGAGCAGAUAGAAGUGAAGCAAGGUGAUGUAGCGACCAAGAAAAAGAAAGAAAGUAAUGAAGAACACUUGCUGAAGGAUACAACUAAAGAUGCAGAAUUUCCAGAAAAGGAAGUAGACGCUGGUGAAAAUAUUUCAGAGAACAAGGAACAAAAUAGUGCUAAAAGUAAGACUUUCAAGCAAAGCGACGAGGAUAGUUUGCACGAAACACAGAGACGAUCGAAGUCGGUCUUGUCUGGGGUAAUGGACGAGAGGAGAACGAAGGUUAUUGAUGUAAAUUUACGUGCGCAAUCGGCUGGAGUCCAGGGGAGAGGAACAAAGAUAGAAAGUAGCAGCAAUGGUUGCGCAAAGUAGCUACGGUUGGCAACGCAAUGGCUUCUUCAAAAAGCACUCUUGCAACUUGUGUCUCAACGCUGGUCAAUAGCAAUUUGCAGAGAAAAUUUUUCAGUGUAAUCGCGCCUUUAGUGAGCUUUGCGUGACGACAUAACGCGGCUGGCAUAGGAAGCUAUAGCGAUCAUCGGGCUAUCAUCACACGCCCAAUUCGUGGAAGCUUGACAGACUAAGUAAAGCAAGGAAACUCCGUUGUUAGCCAAGUUUGCAUGUAAAUAUUUUGCGGCCGUAUGAGUUUGAAAACGCGUCCCACAUGGCGGAAAGGAGUAGCUAUGGGUACUUAGCCGUUCAAUAGCGACACUGGCACCAUUCAGGCCACCUCUCUCUUAGGCUUUUGCCGAGCUUCCUGAUCAGUCUGUAAUUCCUCCCGGGAUAGCAGUGUCGGAGUCGAAAUCUCCGGCGUAGCCUUAAAUGUCUCGCGCUACCAUACGAAACUUUAGCAUUCGAUGUCUGGAAGUAUGAUCCGUCCGGUUAUUUUUAAACUAAGCGAUGAAAAUAAAAAUUAAUUAAAAACCAGUCUUUAUAAUGUGAACUUUGACUUUCUUGCGUAAAAGAUAAUCAUCGAGGUAUACUAGUUAUUAAUGUGAAACUUACGAAAAUCUUUUUGAAUCCAAGUAAAGUUCUAGAAUUUAAACUGUGGUUUUAUCGAGAGAGAGAGAGAGAAAGAGA